UGAUUUGACAGCAGCUUAUCCGCGCCGUGCGUCGUGACGUCACUAACGCUGCCGCACGAUGUGACGUACGAAGAUGACGUAGAGAAGAAAAAAGCUGCUACCGGGAGGAUAAGGGCGAGUGUCCUGCAUGAGGACAGGUGAAUCAACAUGACAACCGAACCAGGUGAAGCCCAGCCCUCAGAGGCAGAGUCUCUACCUGAAGCCGCUGCCCACUCCACACCCAAACAGGGAGGAGAAGGCGGGCUGUCUCACAUCCACGCUCCGGGCUCGCUGAACGAGGACUCGAGCAGUCACCUGUCAUCAAACAGCCGCAUUGCCAGCUCUCCAGCCAGAAUCCCACUGAGCUUUAGGACCAUGCAGACCCGGGUGACCCUGUUGGACGGGUCGCUGUUCACCUGCACCAUCGAGAAACGAGCUCGCGGUCUUCAGCUGCUUGACAAAGUUUGUGAACACAUCAACCUGCUGGAGAGAGACUACUUCGGUCUGUCCUUCAGAGAUGCUGACAACAACAAGAACUGGUUGGAUCCAGCGAAGGAGCUGAAGAAGCAGGUCAGAGGUGUUCCUUGGAACUUCUCUUUUAAUGUAAAGUUUUAUCCACCGGACCCCGCUCAGCUGUCUGAGGACAUCACAAGGUACUUCCUGUGUCUUCAGCUGAGACAAGAUAUUGUUUCCGGCCGUCUUCCUUGUUCGUUUGCAACUCACACAGUCCUCGGCUCAUACACUGUGCAGUCAGAACUUGGAGACUAUGAUCCUGAUGAGUGUAGUCCAGACUACGUUAGUGAACUGUGUUUUGCUCCAAAUCAAACUAAAGAGAUGGAGGAGAAGAUCAUGGACCUUCACAAAACUUACAGAGGAAUGAGUCCUGCUGAAGCUGAGAUGCACUUCCUGGAAAAUGUAAAGAAACUUUCCAUGUACGGAGUGGACCUCCACCAUGCAAAGGACUCUGAAUGUGUGGCCAUCAUGCUGGGGGUGUGCAGUAGUGGUCUCCUGGUCUACAGAGAUAGACUGAGGAUCAACAGGUUCUCAUGGCCAAAGAUCUUGAAGAUUUCAUACAAGAGAAACAACUUCUACAUCAAGAUCCGACCUGGAGAGUUUGAUCAGUUUGAAUCCAUGAUUGGUUUUAAGCUGCUCAACCACAGAGCAGCAAAGAGACUGUGGAAGGUCUGUGUGGAGCAUCACUCCUUCUUUAGAUUGCUGUCUCCAGAGGAACCUCCAAAGAAGUUUCUGUCUCUGGGUUCAAAGUUUCGCUACAGUGGUCGGACCCAGAUUCAGAGUCGCAGAGCCAGUGCUCAAAUCUCAAGACCUGCACCAAAUUUCCCACGAUGCAUCAGCAAACGAAACAUGCUCAGCCGCAGUCUGGAUGGAGACAUGGGCUCUGGGCUGUACGGAGCAUCUAAAGCAAUCGCUGUCAGUGACCUCAUCACCACCAUUACACCCGAGCGAAGGACAGAGGAGAGGAGAGACGACCAAGAUGAGGAGGUGCUGGUGGUGGAGGAGGUGCAGCAGGCAGAAAAAGAUGAGGCAGUGCAACCGCUUGAGGAGGAAGAAGAGGAGAUUCAAGAACCUGAAAUUUCUCAGCAGAGUCCUCCAACUCUUCAGAAACAUGAUACCAAAACGGAGCUGACAGACACAGCUGUGGACGGAGACCUGACAGCCACUGAGUCUGACCAGGACGAAGACCUGAAAACUCAGGAGAUAUUGGAAAGUCCUGAAGAUCUGCAGAAACCCCAGAGCACCAUCAGUGCACUUAGACGCUCCUUUUUAGAAGGAGGAGAAGGAGGAGGAGGAAUGACUGAGUGGGAGAAGCGCCUAGCCUCCUCACCUUUCCGGCGAGUGGAUGACUACCCAAUGAUUGAGCCUCUGGAGCUGGAUGAGCCCAAACCUACGUUUGACCAAAUGUCUCCUGAGCUGACGGCUCUGCUGAAGUCGGCCAGAGAACAAAAAACCUUCAGAGAGCACAACUUGUUGAAGACUUCUGAGAAAGUGGAGACAGUCUUCCUGCCAACAGAGUCAUGUAACCAGGACCAACCAAUUGCAGAACAGUCUCAGGAGGUCCCAGUGAUUAGGAAGACUCUCACGUAUGAAGCCCCAGGGAGUCAAGUGGACUCUGAUCCUCCUGCAGGCCUGCUGCUAAGUUCCCAGACCUUCACUGCAGAGAGCCUCAACACCACCACCACCACCCACAUCACCAAGACCAUGAAAGGAGGGAUUUCAGAAACCAGAGUUGAAAAAAGAAUCGUGAUUUCUGGCGACACAGAACUUGACCACGACCAGGCCUUGGCAGCGGCUCUCAGCGAGGCACGACGGCAGCAUCCUGAGCUGUCCGUCACCCGAGUCGUCAUCCAUAAAGAAACCGAGGUCUCUCCUGAUCAUAUGGUUGAUUAAUGACAUCACAGGAUUCCUGAGGCUUCUGGUGCAUAAUGAAAGACAUACUCCAGAUUGAAGAACCAGUGAAGACAUAGUUUGCAGCAACACCAUGGACACUACGGGAACUGAGGAUUUCCAAACACACACAUAUGCAUGUGCACUUAUACACACACAUCAAAGCAGUACUUUUUCACAAGUUGGAUAGUAUUACAACACAGACAGGUGGGACACAAACAGGUAGAAGACAGGCAAAAGGUGCUGCUGCAACGCCAUCAUAUUCCUUGGACAACAGAUACAGAACAGAGCCAGAGUUAGGUUCUGUUCUGUAUCUAUGGUAACUGGGAGGUGUGGUCCAGACUGUUAGAUGGGCCACAGAUAAACCAACUGCAUCACACAGUUUUGGUAACCUAUGAUUUACUGUUCUCACCUCAUGAACCGUUGUUCUGAAAGUCUGGUGCAAACUACUUCCUGUCUACAUUAACUAGCACAGUAACUUGCUAAAGCUCAGUAUUUACCCAUGAUGCAACAGCAAUGUGCCAUUCUCUAAUGUCAUCAUGAAAAUCCUAAAGAAUGAUUGUACUUAUCUGACCAUGAAUAUAAGAUUUCCUUUGCUAUUUGCUGAUUAAUUUAUUAGUUUGUUUAUUUAUGUUUACUUCUACUCCUGGAAAGACACACUCUGCCCCUGGUGUCAAACUGACCACUCCCCCUUGGGUCAUGUACCACAACCUGACCGCUUCCUCUGGUGUCACAUUCUACAAUCUGACCCCUCCACCUGGUGUCAGACCACAAACUGACCCCUCCACCUGGUGUCACGUUUCAUAAACUGACUGCUCCUCAUGUCAUGUUUUAUUAAUGAUCACUCUGAAUGUAACUUUAUCUCUUCAACUCCAUUAAAAUGAAUAGAUGAGCA